UCAUAACUUAAGUGUAUUAAUCAGUAGGAAUUUAGAUAAUGUUUGAUAAAUACAUUAAUUGAUUUAUCAUGUUAAAAGUGUUGUAGAUAUAUUGGAAAGUGGUUGUGUAAAUAUGAGGCUUAAUUAAUUAGUAAAAAAAUGCUAAUUAUCGCCUUGUUGACGGUAACAUCAUUAUCCGCUGCCGUCGCAAACAGUUGUUCCAACAACGUUCAGUUUCUACCUCAUGAAAGUGACUGUGGCAAAUAUUAUGUCUGCAAUUUUGGUGAAAAACUUCUAAGAUCGUGUUCUGGUGGAUUACUGUUUGACCCUGUACUGCAGGUCUGCAACUGGGCUUCGCAAGUUAACUGUCAAACAACAACAACAACAACAACUGAAAAAACGGAAACAACUGAUUCAACAACAGACGCGCCAAUUUUGCCCAACGGCUGUCCAAAAGAUUUUAGCAUACACAAAUUAUUGUCUCACGAAAAUGAUUGUAGUAAGUUUUACUACUGUAACUUUGGACAGAAAGUUGAGAGAUCUUGCGGUCCUUAUCAGUAUUUCAAUCCUGUAUUAGAGGUAUGCGAUUGGCCAUCAGCGGUUGACUGUCAAAAUGUACCAACAACAACAACAACUAAGACAACAACAACUGAAUCAACAACGGAAUACAACUCCUCCACAGAUAAUCAGUUGUUGCCAAACGGAUGUCCUCAAAAUUACACUAUACAUUUACUUUUAGCUCAUGAAAGCGAUUGUAGCAAGUUUUAUUACUGCAAUUUUGGGGAAAAACAAGAGAGGAUUUGCCCGGAUGGAUUGUAUUUCAACCCAGAAAUACAGGUGUGCGAUUGGUCUUACCAAAUCGACUGUAAGCCGAAACCAGAUGUCACUCCAGAAGAGGUCACUACAGAAGUUGUAAGUGGGACCAAUGGACCAAUCACAGAUGAACCAGAUACUAAUGAACCAAUCACUAAUAAACCUUCAACGUAUAACCCUACUACUGAUUUUACUAAUGGACAAAACACAGAAGAAACUUUAACUUAUGAACCUACUACAGAUGUAAAUAAUGGACCAAUUACAGAUGUUACGGAUGGUAAAACAGAUGACCUUAUCACCGAUAUAACAGAAGGUCCAAUAGAUAGACCUGAAACUAAUGGACCAAUUAUCACAGAUGAGCCAUCAACAACAGAAUAUCCAGCAGAGUUAUCAACGACCGAAUCUGCAAUAGAUAUGACAACAGCAGCACCAGAUAUUGAUGUUUCAACAACAGAAUCUGCAAUUGACGUGACAACAGCAGCACCAGAUAUUGAUGUUUCAACAACAGAAUCUGCAAUUGACGUGACAACAGCAGCACCAGAUAUUUAUGUUUCAACAACAGAAUCUGCAAUUGACGUGACAACAGCCGCACCAGAUAUUGAUGUUUCAACAACAGAAUCUGCAAUUGACGUGACAACAGCAGCACCAGAUAUUUAUGUUUCAACAACAGAAUCUGCAAUUGACGUGACAACAGCAGCACCAGAUAUUCAUGUUUCAACAACAGAAUCUGCAAUUGACGUGACAACAGCAGCACCAGAUAUUGAUGUUUCAACAACAGAAUCUGCAAUUGACGUGACAACAGCAGCACCAGAUAUUGAUGUUUCAACAACAGAAUCUGCAAUUGACGUGACAACAGCCGCACCAGAUAUUGAUGUUUCAACAACAGAAUCUGCAAUUGACGUGACAACAGCAGCACCAGAUAUUGAUGUUUCAACAACAGAAUCUGCAAUUGACGUGACAACAGCAGCACUAGAUAUUGGUGUUUCAACAACAGAAUCUGCAAUUGACGUGACAACAGCAGCACCAGAUAUUGAUGUUUCAACAACAGAAUCUGCAAUUGACGUGACAACAGCAGUACCAGAUAUUGAUUUAACAACAGCAACAACAAAUAUUGAUGUUUCAACAACAGAAUCUGCAAUUGACGUGACAACAGCAGUACCAGAUAUUGAUUUGACAACAGCAGCUACAAAUAUUGAUGUUUCAACAACAGAAUCUGCAAUUGACGUGACAACAGCAGUACCAGAUAUUGAUGUGACAACAGCAGCACCAGAUAUUGAUGUGACAACAGCAGCACCAGAUAUUGAUGUGACAACAGCAGCACCAGAUAUUGAUGUGACAACAGCAGCACCAGAUAUUGAUGUGACAACAGCAGCACCAGAUAUUGAUGUGACAACAGCAGAAUCAGAUAUUGAUGUGACAACAGCAGCACCAGAUAUUGAUGUUUCAACAACAGAAUCUGCAAUAGAUGUAACAACAGCAGUACCAGAUAUUGAUUUAACAACAGCAACAACAAAUAUUGAUGUGACAACAGCAGCACCAGAUAUUGAUGUGACAACAGCAGUACCAGAUAUUGAUGUGACAACAGCAGCACCAGAUAUUGAUGUGACAACAGCAGCACCAGAUAUUGAUGUUUCAACAACAGAAUCAGACAUUGACGUGACAACAACAGUACCAGAUAUUGAUGUGACAACAACAGUACCAGAUAUUGAUGUGACAACAGCAGCACCAGAUAUUGAUGUGACAACAGCAGUACCAGAUAUUGAUGUGACAACAGCAGCACCAGAUAUUGAUGUGACAACAGCAGCACCAGAUAUUGAUGUGACAACAGCAGCACCAGAUAUUGAUGUGACAACAACAGUACCAGAUAUUGAUGUGACAACAGCAGCACCAGAUAUUGAUGUGACAACAACAGAAUCAGACAUUGACGUGACAACAGCAGCACCAGAUAUUGAUGUGACAACAACAGAAUCAGACAUUGACGUGACAACAACAGUACCAGAUAUUGAUGUGACAACAGCAGCACCAGAUAUUGAUGUGACAACAGCAGCACCAGAUAUUGAUGUGACAACAACAGAAUCAGACAUUGACGUGACAACAACAGUACCAGAUAUUGAUGUGACAACAGCAGCACCAGAUAUUGAUGUGACAACAACAGCACCAGAUAUUGAUGUGACAACAGCAGCACCAGAUAUUGAUGUGACAACAGCAGCACCAGAUAUUGAUGUGACAACAGCAGUACCAGAUAUUGAUGUGACAACAGCAGUACCAGAUAUUGAUGUGACAACAGCAGUACCAGAUAUUGAUGUGACAACAGUAGCACCAGAUAUUGAUGUGACAACAGCAGCACCAGAUAUUGAUGUGACAACAGCAGCACCAGAUAUUGAUGUGACAACAGUAGCACCAGAUAUUGAUGUGACAACAGCAGCACCAGAUAUUGAUGUGACAACAGCAGCAGCAGAUAUUGAUGUGACAACAGCAGUACCAGAUAUUGAUGUUUCAACAACAGAAUCAGAUAUUGAUGUAACAACAACAGUACCAGAUAUUGAUGUUUCAACAACAGAAUCAGACAUUGACGUAACAACAACAGUACCAGAUAUUGAUGUGACAACAGCAGUACCAGAUAUUGAUGUUUCAACAACAGAAUCAGAUAUUGAUGUAACAACAACAGUACCAGAUAUUGAUGUGACAACAGCAGUACCAGAUAUAGAUGUGACAACAGCAGUACCAGAUAUUGAUGUUUCAACAACAGAAUCUGCAAUAGAUGUGACAACAGCAGUACCAGAUAUUGAUGUGACAACAGCAGUACCAGAUAUUGAUGUGACAACAGCAGCACCAGAUAUUGAUGUGACAACAGCAGCACCAGAUAUUGAUGUGACAACAGCAGAAUCAGAUAUUGAUGUGACAACAGCAGCACCAGAUAUUGAUGUUUCAACAACAGAAUCUGCAAUAGAUGUAACAACAGCAGUACCAGAUAUUGAUUUAACAACAGCAACAACAAAUAUUGAUGUGACAACAGCAGCACCAGAUAUUGAUGUGACAACAGCAGUACCAGAUAUUGAUGUGACAACAGCAGCACCAGAUAUUGAUGUGACAACAGCAGCACCAGAUAUUGAUGUUUCAACAACAGAAUCAGACAUUGACGUGACAACAACAGUACCAGAUAUUGAUGUGACAACAACAGUACCAGAUAUUGAUGUGACAACAGCAGCACCAGAUAUUGAUGUGACAACAACAGCACCAGAUAUUGAUGUGACAACAGCAGCACCAGAUAUUGAUGUGACAACAGCAGCACCAGAUAUUGAUGUGACAACAACAGAAUCAGACAUUGACGUGACAACAACAGUACCAGAUAUUGAUGUGACAACAGCAGCACCAGAUAUUGAUGUGACAACAACAGCACCAGAUAUUGAUGUGACAACAGCAGCACCAGAUAUUGAUGUGACAACAGCAGUACCAGAUAUUGAUGUGACAACAGCAGUACCAGAUAUUGAUGUUUCAACAACAGAAUCAGAUAUUGAUGUAACAACAACAGUACCAGAUAUUGAUGUUUCAACAACAGAAUCAGACAUUGACGUAACAACAACAGUACCAGAUAUUGAUGUGACAACAGCAGUACCAGAUAUUGAUGUUUCAACAACAGAAUCAGAUAUUGAUGUAACAACAACAGUACCAGAUAUUGAUGUGACAACAGCAGUACCAGAUAUAGAUGUGACAACAGCAGUACCAGAUAUUGAUGUUUCAACAACAGAAUCUGCAAUAGAUGUGACAACAGCAGUACCAGAUAUUGAUGUGACAACAGCAGCACCAGAUAUUGAUGUGACAACAGCAGCACCAGAUAUUGAUGUGACAACAGCAGCACCAGAUAUUGAUGUGACAACAGCAGCACCAGAUAUUGAUGUGACAACAGCAGCACCAGAUAUUGAUGUGACAACAGCAGCACCAGAUAUUGAUGUGACAACAGCAGCACCAGGUAUUGAUGUUUCAACAACAGAAUCUGCAAUAGAUGUGACAACAACAGUACCAGAUAUUGAUGUGACAACAGCAGCACCAGAUAUUGAUGUGACAACAACAGCACCAGAUAUUGAUGUGACAACAGCAGCACCAGAUAUUGAUGUGACAACAGCAGCACCAGAUAUUGAUGUGACAACAGCAGUACCAGAUAUUGAUGUGACAACAGCAGUACCAGAUAUUGAUGUGACAACAGCAGUACCAGAUAUUGAUGUGACAACAGUAGCACCAGAUAUUGAUGUGACAACAGCAGCACCAGAUAUUGAUGUGACAACAGCAGCACCAGAUAUUGAUGUGACAACAGUAGCACCAGAUAUUGAUGUGACAACAGCAGCACCAGAUAUUGAUGUGACAACAGCAGCAGCAGAUAUUGAUGUGACAACAGCAGUACCAGAUAUUGAUGUUUCAACAACAGAAUCAGAUAUUGAUGUAACAACAACAGUACCAGAUAUUGAUGUUUCAACAACAGAAUCAGACAUUGACGUAACAACAACAGUACCAGAUAUUGAUGUGACAACAGCAGUACCAGAUAUUGAUGUUUCAACAACAGAAUCAGAUAUUGAUGUAACAACAACAGUACCAGAUAUUGAUGUGACAACAGCAGUACCAGAUAUAGAUGUGACAACAGCAGUACCAGAUAUUGAUGUUUCAACAACAGAAUCUGCAAUAGAUGUGACAACAGCAGUACCAGAUAUUGAUGUGACAACAGCAGCACCAGAUAUUGAUGUGACAACAGCAGCACCAGAUAUUGAUGUGACAACAGCAGCACCAGAUAUUGAUGUGACAACAGCAGCACCAGAUAUUGAUGUGACAACAGCAGCACCAGAUAUUGAUGUGACAACAGCAGCACCAGAUAUUGAUGUGACAACAGCAGCACCAGGUAUUGAUGUUUCAACAACAGAAUCUGCAAUAGAUGUGACAACAGCAGUACCAGAUAUUGACGUGACCACAACAGUACCAGAUAUUGAUGUUUCAACAACAGUACCAGAUAUCGAUGUGACAACAGCAGUACCAGAUAUUGAUGUGACAACAGCAGCACCAGAUAUUGAUGUGACAACAGCAGCACCAGAUAUUGAUGUGACAACAGCAGCACCAGAUAUUGAUGUUUCAACAACAGUACCAGAUAUUUAUGUGACAACAGCAGCACCAGAUAUUGAUGUGACAACAGCAGCACCAGAUAUUGAUGUGACAACAGCAGCAACAGAUAUUGAUGUGACAACAGCAGCACCAGAUAUUGAUGUUUCAACAACAGUACCAGAUAUUUAUGUGACAACAGCAGCACCAGAUAUUGAUGUGACAACAGCAGCACCAGAUAUUGAUGUGACAACAGCAGCACCAGAUAUUGAUGUGACAACAGCAGCACCAGAUAUUGAUGUGACAACAGCAGCACCAGAUAUUGAUGUGACAACAGCAGCACCAGAUAUUGAUGUGACAACAGCAGCACCAGAUAUUGAUGUGACAACAGCAGCACCAGAUAUUGAUGUUUCAACAACAGAAUCAGAUAUUGAUGUGACAACAGCAGCACCAGAUAUUGAUGUGACAACAGCAGCACCAGAUAUUGAUGUGACAACAGCAGCAUCAGAUAUUGAUGUGACAACAGCAGCACCAGAUAUUGAUGUGACAACAGCAGCACCAGAUAUUGAUGUUUCAACAACAGAAUCAGAUAUUGAUGUGACAACAGCAGCACCAGAUAUUGAUGUGACAACAGCAGCACCAGAUAUUGAUGUGACAACAGCAGCACCAGAUAUUGAUGUGACAACAGCAGCACCAGAUAUUGAUGUGACAACAGCAGUACCAGAUAUUGAUGUGACAACAGCAGCACCAGAUAUUGAUGUUUCAACAACAGAAUCAGAUAUUGAUGUGACAACAGCAGCACCAGAUAUUGAUGUGACAACAGCAGCACCAGAUAUUGAUGUGACAACAGCAGCAUCAGAUAUUGAUGUGACAACAGCAGCACCAGAUAUUGAUGUGACAACAGCAGCACCAGAUAUUGAUGUGACAACAGCAGUACCAGAUACAGAAGGAGUAAGCACAGAUCUGCCAAUCACAGAUGACCCAAUCACAGAGGAGAUUCCUGAUGAAUCAACACCAUCAGAAGUACACACAACACUACCAACCACUACAAAACUAACAACAGCAACUGAUGAGCUUACAGAAACAACAAACGGAGGAACUACUAACGAUUUAGAUAAUGCAACAACGGAAGAAAUAAAACCCACUACAGAAAAAGCUACAACCAAUGAUGAGACCACAUCAGAAAUCACUUCAAAAUCAACGGAUGGUUUAACAGAAAAUAACACCGAUGAUAUUUCUUCAACGACAAAAACUUUAACAACGAUAGAUGACUUUGUUUGCCUUCCAGGUGUAAUCGGCUAUUUUCCACACCCAACUCAAUGUGAUUCUUUUUAUCUGUGCGCAAACGGAGUGGAAAUGCAACUGUUUUGUCAAGAUGGAUUUGAAUUCGAUGCUACUGUUGAUUCAUGUGUCUUAAUAUCUGAAGGUGGGUGUACCCUCGGUUCAGUAACAACCCAAACGGAUGUCACUACUGAAGAUAAUAUCACUGAAAAUCUUACCACCGAUCCCGCUACUACGGCAAAUGUAGUGACAGAAACAGAUAUCACCACUGUACAUGUAGUGACAAACACAGAGCUUCUAGAAACGACUGAACCAAAUGUAACAGAAGAUUUAACCACCGCAGAAGCAACGACAGUUGAAACAAUAACUCCUGAAAUAGUCACAACUUACGAAACACCAACAACGAAUCAAAUCACAACAACUGAGUUACCUUUAGAGACUUUGACAUCAACAAAUGUACCUGUUACAACUGAAUCACUAACAACAACUGAUGGUACAACAAACCCAACAACUGUUGAACAAAUGACAACUGAAAAUGUUGAAACUGAACCUGAUACCACUACCAUUGAGAGUGCCACAGCGGAAAUAAUAAGUACGGCACAAACUACAGAUUUUUCAACGACGGAAAUUUCAACUGAACCUACCACAGGACCGACUAUUUGUCCUCCAGACAUGUUGGGACAUGUCCCGCACCCAGAACUGUGUGAUUCAUUUUAUCUGUGCGUAAAUGGAAUGGAAAUGCAAUUAUUCUGUCAAGCUGGCUUCGAGUUCGACCCUGUUGCCAGUACAUGUGUACUUAUAGUUGAAGGUGGCUGUACUCUUAGCUUAAAUGCAACAACUACUCCAGAAUACUUAACAGAAGAAACUAUAACAGGAGAAUCAACCACAACAACGGAAAUUAACACUGAAAAUGAUGUGACCAACGCAGCAACAACUGAUCAGAGUAAUGCAGAUGUUACAACUGAAGAACUUACACCAACAACAGAAGUUAUUACAGUAAAAACAACUGAAGAAUUCGGAACAACAAUCAAAUUGAUAACAACGGAAUCAAAUGAGUUAACAACACAAGGUCCAGUUUGUCUCGAAGGUGUGAUUGGUCAUGUACCGCAUCCGACUCAAUGUGAUGCUUUCUAUCUGUGUGCGAACGGGAUGGAGAUACUAUUGCAGUGCCAGCCAGGGUUUGAGUUCGACCCAGAACAAAGUCAAUGCGUUAUCAUCUCUGACAGCGGAUGCACAGCAAGUUCAGCAUAAUAUCAAACAGAAGAAUAUUCACAGUAAACAGUCAUAAGCAUCGUUACUUAUAAAAUAUCUAUUCGGCUAUUAGGGAUUUAAAGACCUGGGUUUAUUUGAACUUCUGAAAUACAUAAGCUUAUCUAUACUAAUAUUAUUAAGCUGAAGAGUUUGUUUGUUCGAACGCGCAAAUCUCAGAAACUACUGAUUCGAAUUGAAAAAUUAUUUUUGCUUUUAAUAGACCAUUUAUCGAGGAAGACUUUAGGCUAUAUACCAUCACGCUGCAACUAUAAGGAGCAAAGAAAUAAUGGAAAAUGUGGAAAAAAAACGGGGAAAAUUAUUCAUCGUUGAGGGCUUCAAUGAUGCCCAAAUAACUAUUCCACGCGGACGAAGUCGCGGGCACAGCUUGUAGCUUAUAUUAUUAGAACUCCGAAGUUUAGUAGAGCCAUAGAUUGAGUUGAAAAAAGCUGGUAAUUCUACUGUUUAGAGAUUACUUUAACAGCUUAUCAUGAAACAAACUCUUUUGUUUGACAUAUCUAUUUAAAACUACAUGUAUCAUGUCGUUUUAUCGAUCGUUUUUAAAAUUUUAUUCAGACAUAUUUGCUAAUUGCAGUAACUACUCGUAAUGUAUAAUAUUUUAUUCUGUUAAUAACAACAUAAUUGUAUAUAUUAAACUGUAUUCGAUA